AUGGAUUUCAAAGUUCCAUCAGCGAUCCCUCAAGACCUACAAAUCAUCCAGGACUUGAUAGGGGAGCUGCCGCCCCCGCCAGUGAGCAAACUCGCGACACCAGAGCCUGUGCCCCGAAGUGACAUCGACGACUCUGUUGGCUCUUCGGACGCUGAAAAUGAUACGGACAGCGAGAGGGAGGUCGAAGAGAAUAUUCUUGGGCAGCUGGACUCGGACUCGGAGAGUACACCGCCUAUGGAUAAUCCAGGGGACACCACCAGUGAUUCUGACUCCACGUCAGACACGGACAGUGAGUCUGAGAAAGAGGCUUCGACCUCCCCAAAACAGUCCAAGGUCGAGGAUCUCGCCAUGGAUGAUGAAGAGGAUGGAGGGGCAGUGGUGUCCCCCGACCAAGUUCGGACCAAGAACGAAGCCUCUGAGAUCCAAAUUGUCGUUCCCGAGGUUGACCAUAUUGAGGAGCAUGAAAACAUAGAGAAAGUCGGCGAGAUCUCGAGCAUUGUCGACAAAGUCGUUAUAGUGAAAGGGCUUCCUCAGCAGGUACAAGGCAGAGUUUCAGACAGAGCUCUCGAUUCCGAUACUCUUCUCGUGUUUGAAGAUAGAAUCGUUCUUGGUUAUAUCUGGGAAACGUUUGGACCAACUAGCCAGCCAUUCUACCGAGUGCAGUUCAACAAUGCUUAUCCUCCGGACGCUGAGAAAGUUCAAAUUGGUCGUGAAAUCUUCCACGUCCCUGCACGGAGCAAGUUUAUCUCAGUCAGCUAUCUAAAGCAGAUGUUCAAGGGAAGCGAUGCAAGCAACGCUCAUGAUGAGGAACCUGUGGAUGACGAACUUGAGUUUUCCGACGACGAAGCGGAGAGAGAAUACAAGCGUGCGCUGAAGGAGAGACGCGCUGGCAUCGAUCCCGCUUCAAAGCAAAGAACCCUGUCUCUAAGAGAUGCUGACAUGCUGGAUGAACUUUAUGGCGCAAGUCCCUACGAUAACCCCUACGACGACAUGGACCUAGGCGCUGGACCCUCGCGCCCUCCACCUCUCAAGUAUGACGAUCCCUAUUCAGACUCCUACGGUCUCCCAGAUCCACCACUCGCGACUAGCUCCGCGGAUACUAGAUCGGAAUCAGACUUGCCGCGAACUCACCAGGAUAGGACUGCUGGUCAUGGUCGUGGUCGUGGGAAGGCUGCUAGUCGAGAGUCUUUCGGACGAGAUCGUGGUCGUGGUCGUGGUCGUGGUCGGGACCGUCCAAGAGACCGAGGCAGAGGACGCGGACGUGGGAGAGGUGGCGGAGCUGCUAGUUCUUGGGGUGGUCACCAAGGUACGAGCUCAUCAGAGGAGUACAGUGCCCGGAUAUCUCGACCGCUGUCGCCCACGUCUGCCGCGAUUGCCCGCGCGACGGGGCAACACGCCGAAGGCGGCGUGCAUGCUGAGGCUCGCCAGGGUAUGGGUGUCACCUCAGCGCCUGUGGACAACGGCUGGGGCUACCAGCAGUACCCUGGUCAGAUGGACUACAGCUAUGGGUACCAGCAACCAUUCGUCCAGCCACACAUCAACCCGCGCUUUGCGUCACAGUUCGGGAUGGAUUUUUCGUAUGCAGCGCAAGCACAGUCGAUGCAGUAUGCUGGGUAUUCUCAGUACGGCAUAGGAUACACUGGCGAACAUGCAUCCACAGGCGAGUGGGUAGGAAACUCAGCUCAGAGCGGGGGCGACGUCCAACACCAAAAUGACACUUCAUAGAACAUGCAGUAUCCUCAUUAUCACCUCUAGCAGUCACU